GGCUCACAGCAGACAAAUUCACAUUCAACACUCUCUUCAUCGAUCUUGAGUAUAUUUUAAGUUGCGAUUUAGAAAAACCAAGUUAAUUACUACUCCGUAUAUUAUAGAUUGGGGGUUUUCUUGCCUGAAGUUAAUUACCUAGCUAGCUAAUUAAGUAAGUGAUGGGUAGGCCUCCUUGCUGCGACAAACAGGGGGUGAAGAAAGGCCCCUGGACUCCCGAGGAAGACAUCAUGCUGGUCUCUUAUGUUCAAGAACACGGCCCCGGCAACUGGAGAAACGUUCCUUCUCACACCGGUUUGAGAAGAUGCAGUAAGAGUUGUAGGCUUCGGUGGACUAACUAUCUGAGGCCGGGCAUCAAGAGGGGCAACUUCACUCUCCAAGAAGAGAAGAUGAUUAUCCAGCUCCAGGCUCUCCUAGGAAACAAAUGGGCUGCCAUAGCAUCAUACCUGCCAGAGAGAACAGAUAAUGACAUUAAAAACUAUUGGAAUACGCACUUGAAAAAGAAGCUAAGAAUGGUUGAAUCUGUGGGGGACUGUGGUGUGCCUAAUCUUAGUAGAUUCUCAUCAUCCUCAGCGUCAAGAGGCCAGUGGGAGAGGACACUUCAAGCGGAUAUAAACACAGCCAAACAAGCCCUCAAUGAUGCUCUGUCUCUUGAUCACCAGCAGAACACCACCCUGCUCCCGGCAGUGGAAUUCUCUGUCCCGGAAGUGAACGCAACCGCAUCUGAUCAAGCCCGGCCACCCCCUGUGCGGCUACACACCCAGCCGUCUAACCGUGCCUUAUACGCAUCCAGUGCCGAGAACAUUGCAAGAUUGCUCAAGGGCUGGAUGGGAACUCCAGCGACGACGUCCUGCUCCGCGGGUACUCCCAGUUGGCACUCAACCACCCAAAGCAAUGCCACUAUAACGACCGCCGCCGCCGCGGAUAUUUCUUCAUCCUCCUCCAGCGAAGACCCUUGCAAAGACGAGAUUUGUUUGAACGCGGCAUUUGGUUCCAUUUUUGGGUUCGACUCAUCGAUGACCUUGGACGACCACGUCUUCUCUCAGUCCGCCUCACCAGAUGAUGGUUCGGCCUUCAUGUUUUACGGCGAGAGCAAACCGCAAGUCCCGUUUUCAGCUAUGCUGGAGAGUUGGCUGGUGGGUGACAUCAACGGUUUUGAUUAUGCUAAUACUGAUUUGUUUUAGAAAAUAUUUGCACUAAAUAGCAUUAAAACUUAAUCAUUUUCCUAAAUAGUACUUAAAUUGUUUUAUUCCCUAAAUAACAGUUAAUAAUGUCCAUAAUAUCCAGUUAUAGCGAAUAUUUGUUUGAAUAAUGACUAAUGCAUAAUGACUAAAAGUGCUACAUUGGG